CAAAGCUGCAAAUGCCAGCAUCGCCUGCAUGGCCUUCGGGGUUCAACCUCCCAGGAGCCCUCAUCUAUUCCCGGAAGCAUCCCCGUCCACACAGCUCGCCGUCGCCUCUUACAAGUCGAUCUCUCAUCUGACAUUCCCCCUCCACCCCAGAGUGGUAUUUUUGCUCAGCACUGCCUGCAGAUCCCUCUGCCGGCCAAUUCUCAUGGCCUCUUCGGUCAAUCUCACUCCUCCGUUAAAGCCCAUUGUGGGCGCCUGCAUCUCAUCUUGUGCAUCCAACUUCCUCUCCGAACUCAGCUCGUCUCCUCUGUCGGACGACAGGACCUGACUUCAAUCCCACUCGCUUCUUGUCUCGACCAAAGCAUUGCUCCAUUUACUUGUGAGGAAGAAGCCUGAACGCUUGCCACCAUGUCUCAAAUCAUGUCCAACCUGGCGAACGCCUCGCCUGAGAUGUUGCAGUAUCUCUCUAACACUCCUGCUAUCCCGCCGCCAGUGGGCGUGCAGCCAAACUUUAUCGACCCAGAGUCGAGGAAGUUGACACAGGUGGUCACUACUUCGGUCAUUUUGGGCUUCAUGGUGAUUUUCUUCAUCAACCGCAUAUACACUAAGCUGUUCCUCAUGAAGAGGCUCACUUGGGAUGAUGCAACCAUCGUUCUCGCUUGGUUUAGCUGCGUUGCCUACUAUAUUGGUUGCACCUGGGGCGUGGAGAGAGGCCGAAUCGGAGUUCACCAGUGGAACAUCUCUAUCCUUCAAGCCGCCAGUAUGGACCUUCUGAUCCCCGCUUAUCUGAUCUCGGUCCUCACGCCACUCACCUUUCUGUUCCUCAAGUCGACCUUCUUCAUCCUAUACCUGCAGCUCUUUGAGCUGCAGAAUCGUCUUCGAAUCGCAACUUGGAUUGGUCUCGGUGUGACCUCUUUAACUUACACCAUUUUAACCAUCCUCGUCUUCGUCUACUCGACACCAAAGAGAGGAGAAUCGUGGCUCGCUCACCAAACCACUCCCAACAUGCACAGGCAACUUCAGAUGUCUGUUCCGCAGUCCUCUAUUGGCCUUGUAAUCGACUUGUACAUCCUCCUAAUUCCCAUCAUUGGUGUCUACGGUCUGCGAAUGUCCACCAAGCGCAAAGUUGGCGUGAUGCUGAUUUUCCUCUCGGGAUUAAUGGCGUGCAUUUGCUCGGCCUGCAGCAUCUACUACCGAGUUGUGCUCGACCACACCGCAGACACUACCUGGCACCUCAUCCCCGUCAACAUCGCAACCCUCUCUGAGAUGUUUGUCGGAAUGAUUUGUGCGUGCAUGCCAUCCGCUGCAUACGCCGCGCGCCGGGAAAAUUCCACCUACCAAAAACUCGUGCGAAGCCUAUAUUCGCACUUCGAUUCCCUUAAAUCCUCUUGGAAUCGCAGCAAAUAUGCAGAUUCAUCGCGCGGCUCCUCACAAGAAGAGAAAGCGGAAACGACGCAUCCGGAACCUGAUGUGCUCAAGUCUACAGAUCGCAAGUAUGCGCAGUACUUCAGUUUGAAUGAUACUAGCUUCAAUGGUGUUGAGACUCAGACAAACGAGAAGGAGAAUGGAAUGCUUACUAAUGACUCAAGAAUUGCGUCUUCGAGUUCGGAACUGUCGCGGAAUGCGUCGAGAGAAAAGACCUCUGCUGCCAACAUGGUCUGAACUCAAAAACCAGCCACUACGUAGCACGUCGGCCAGGCCACCCCACUGGGCAGGUUUGUCAAUUAGCGCGUUUCACGAUCCCUUCUGUUAUUCCCAAAUCUAGAUCCAGAAGGAGCGAUCCUUCAAUCAGAUCAGAUCAUCUCACAGAAAAGCAAAGUGGGUCUCCAGGGGAAUUCGCGGGUAGCAUAUAUCUCUGUCGAUUCAGCGCUCUAGGGCUGGCAAGUGUCAUGUUUGAAACAUUGAUACCUAGAGUGAGGGGAGCUACAAUCUGAAGUUCUCUUUGUAGAUACAUGACGGAAAUUAUGGCGUUUGAGGAGUCGAAGUUAUACCCAGUGUUGAAAGAAACACCCAAAAAGUACAAUUAGAGGAAGUACGUAGUGCAAAUCGCACAAUAAAAAAGAGGAUUUCAAAUUC